UUUCUGUUUUGCUCAGAAAGCGACACCAUCUCAGAGCUUGAGGACAUUCUGGGACGAGGGACAAUCCAAACCACAGAGGGAGUGAAGAGUGUUGGUCAGCAACUUCUCUUGCUGCAGGAUCAGCUAAAGCAAGUGAAAGACGAGAAAAAGAAAAUAAUUGAGAACUACAAUUCAGAAAGGACUAUGAGGAAGAAGUACUACAAUAUGGUAGAAGACAUGAAAGGUAAAAUCAGAGUGUUCUGUCGGAUUCGUCCGGUGAACCGAGCCGAGGUUGCGCAGGGUGGAUCCAUCGUUGUGGAAAAAAUAGAUGAAUACUCUGUUACUGUGCAAACCCCUCGUGGGCAGAGGGAGUUUCAGUUUGACAAGGUGUUCAGUGCAGAAGCUUCUCAGGAAGACCUGUUUCAUGACACCAACAGGUUGAUCCAGUCGGCUAUGGAUGGCUAUAAUGUCUGUAUCUUUACGUAUGGUCAGACGGGCUCAGGGAAGACCUUCACCAUGGUGGGGGACAAGGAACAGAAGAACCCAGGAAUCAUGCCAAGAUCUUUUAAUGCCAUAUUUGAUAUCAUACGGGAGAGCAGCUCUAAAUUCGAUUUCAAGGUUUCGGCCUAUAUGCUGGAGCUGUACAACGACAUGCUGCAGGACCUCUUUGUGAGCCUGGCUGGUGAGGCCCAUGCACAGCCCCAGUCCCAUGGCCAGGCGAGGCGGGUGGAGAUCAAGAGAAACAGAAAGGGGGUUGUGUUCGCCCAAGGAGCAGAGACAAAAGAGGCUUCCAGUGCCCAGGAGCUCUACGCUCUGUUCCAGCAGGCCUGUGCCAACCGACACAUCUCUGCCACCAAGAUGAAUGUGGAGAGUUCCCGUUCCCAUCUGAUUGUUUGCAUCAUGGUGGAGAGCAGAAAUCUGACCAAUGGGAGCGUGAGCACCGGGAAACUGAGCCUCGUGGACCUGGCGGGGAGUGAGAGAGCAGCCAAGACAGGUGCCAAGGACCAUCAGCUAAAGGAGGCUAACUCCAUUAACAAGUCACUGAGUGCCCUGGGUGAUGUGAUCUCAGCCCUGUCUGCUGAACUACCCCAUGUACCAUACAGGAAUAGCAAGCUAACACAGGUGAUGCAGGACUCCCUGGGUGGAAAUGCCAAAACCCUCAUGAUUGUCAACAUCUCUCCUUCAGAAUGUAACCUCGAUGAGACGCUCACAUCUCUCUUUUACGCAACAAGAGUGAAGGCCAUAACUAACAAUGCUCAGAGACAUGUCGACAGCAAAGAGAUUGCCCAGCUGAAAGAGGUGAUCAUUAAGCUGAGGUCAGGACAGACUGUGGAAGACGAGGACGUUUGAACUCUAUUGUGUACAAUCAGCCUAGCUGCCAGAAG